AUGGGUGAUGAGCCCGUCGCGCCCAAUGACGGAGUGGCAUCCCUGGUUGGCUCGGAGGCUGCCUUUGCAGUCAUCAACGAGGCGUGGUUUCACGUUCUUGCCGGGGACGGCGACGCAGCAGACCUCGCAGCGGCCCCCGGAUGUGGCACACCGGCUUUGUUAGACCUCCUCACGGGAGUGGAACUGUCCACAGGUGUCCUGGGAGCGUACACGCCGACGCUGCUACAGGGACAUGCAGACCUCAUAAAUGAUGCGUGUGGUGGCUGUGCAAGCAUCCUUUUGCGCAAAGAGGAGUGGGAUCGCUUGAUGUGGGGUGUCCGAGAGCUGUGGGGUCCAAGCCAAGUCCUGCGGAAGGCCGUCGUAGCCGUUGGUCGCGACAACCGCUCGCUGCUGACACAGCUCGUGUGGUCCGAGCCCUUGGGACCGACGCGCCGCGCAGCCCUCGUGAUGCUGCUGCAGGCCGCUGCCCACUUGGACCACGGCCGCGAGGGCCCGUUGGCCAUGCUGAAGCGCCUUCUUCCGGAUGGUGAGAGCCUGGUGGCACGGCCGGAAAUGCAGCAGCUGAUGUCCCUGGUUCCCGCAAUGAGCAGUUCCAGAAGCCACUGGCGGCGGCGUCCUCCUCCCGAUGUCAUUUCAGGAGAUGUUUGCCCUCCUUGUGUGGACUCGGAGCACAUACGGGAGAUUCCGUCACAGGACAUGCUGAUAGUGCCCAAAGCUUUACCGGCUGAAGCAUUUCUGGGUGGCUCCUUGGUCACACAGCAGGACGAAGCAGCCGUCUUAGCCGGACUGCCUCCACCUCCGACAAGGAAGAUCGGCUCCAACAUCAGUCAAGGCCUUCUUGUCCAACUUCGGCAGCCGGAGGAUCCUGCGGCAUGCGAAGCCACGCAGUGCUGCAUCUGCAUGGAGCUGUUCAGCGCCUGCCAGCUUUGGCAUUGUGGUCGCGACGUUUGUGGUGGGAAGGCCUUCUGCUCCAACUGCUUACGACAGCACGCUGAGGCAGUCAUAGACAGUGGGCUUUACGCCGCACCUGCUGUGCGUUGCCCAGUUUGUAACCUUCGCCUAGCGACAACAGCUUGGGCGCCUUUAGUAAAGGAGGAGACCUUUGCCAAAUACCAGGAAAAUGCCCGAGCUCUCCUCACCUACAGGUGUGCAGCCUGCGAUGAAACAGGUUCCUACCUGAGGCCUGGCAUGGAAGGCCAUGCCAGCGCCGGAAAGCCUUUUGGCAUGCUCGGGACCGAGGCGCGCGAGCGGCUCUGGAUGGCAUGGGAAGCUUUCUUCCUAGCAGAGGUGCCUGCAGAGAAGUUCCUGCAGACGAUCCUGGACGAGUUUUCCUGUGGGCACCGCAAGGGUGGGGCCCCGCCCAGCAGCAUGAACAAGGUGCUCGGUCCGAGUGGCCAAGCCAACUGGAUCGAGGACCUGGAGCGACGAUUAGCCCUCCAACUGGCCUGGCUGCACCGUUUCCCACGACAGCGUACCCCUUGCUGCGGGGAGCAGUUCUGCUUCCGCUGCAAAGUGUCGUCGUGGCACAGAGGAGUUACCUGCAACGAGCGACUGCGCUCCGAAAAAGCACGCCAGGCGCAACUGUGUCCCGGAUGCGGGGUACCAACACAACGCAGCGAGGGCUGCCGCAAGAUCACCUGCGUUUGUGGUCGUGUGUGGGAAUGGGAGGGGAUCGACGGCGACAGCAGCGAUGAGGAGGGCAUCUUCUCGGAAGACUCCGGGGGUGAGGACGAGAUGCAAGCACAAACUGCAGUCAACCUCGUUGCGAUGAACAACAAGGUCUCGGACGAGACGGCCCCGUCCUUGUAUUUCACAUUCGCCACACGCCUUCGUCCGCUGCAUCUUUUGGUAUGUCGAAACACCGCCGCAGUUGCCGCGCUUUGUGAAGUGGGAGCUCGGGUAACUCCAGAGGUGUUGGAGGAACUCAAGGGUGUCUCGCUGGAGUGGCAGCGCUGCGAAAUGGAGAGGCUGAUGCGUCCCCAAGUGCAAGGAGAUCCGAACAUGAGGCUGCCACUGUGGGUUUGGAUUCAAGCCGGAAGCGCCGCAGCAGUGGAGGCUCUGCUUCGCAAUGCGGCGCAUGAGGAGGCAGUGGGCGAAGAUGUGUUCAUCGCCUUGCAGCGGAGCAGCGGCGACGAUGACAGUCGUAAGCAGAUUGCUGAGCAUCUUCGAGAGCAUGUCGGCGAGGAGCGCUGUGCUCUGAGCUAUACUCAGCUCAAGGUUGGCCAGGGUUGUAUUUACCUCUCUGAGCCUCACCUCCUCAACCCUCGUCGCUUGGCUUUUCCGUUCAGUUCAUCCACCCGUAGCUCGGGUUUGUUGGAAGGGGCAAAGUCAGUCAUGGUCACAACAUGGGCAGAGUACUUGGACUCUAUCGAGACUUUAAAACCACGUACGGAGUCUCUGCAUGCCGGACUAUUGACGUCAGCCAAUUUGCACUUGCUCAAGCUGCUGUAG